UCUUCCUCAUUUGAUUCUUAGGGCAACGAUAUUAUUUCAGAGUUAGCAGUAAGAGUGGUGAGCUGCUAGUCAUUUUUAGGCUUCCUUUGGGAGGGAAAGGAAGGAGACAUCUAUCGCAGAGGUCACAGCCAAGGAACGUGCUUUCCAGAGCUUGUUAAGCUUCCAGGAUGCAUUGUUUCUUGUUUGGCCUCACUCUACACUUGGCAAGGAGUCUGCUUAAAUCUUAUUGCCAUGGAGAUGCAAACUCAACAAGGCUGUCAGACCAAGAUAGUAAAAGAAUAAAGGCCUGGCUGGUGUGUUGCAUCGAUUCCCGCCCUCCCUUGCGUUUCCCACCUGCAGUGCAGAAGGAAUGCAACAAGGUCAGGAGACCCCUGCAAAGCACGCUGGUACUAGAAAGCCCAGCAGUUCUUGGCUUAUGACAUCACGGGAUUCUUGGAACGUUUGCACCAACUGCUUUUCAGGCCAACAGCAGAAGUUUUGAAUGCACAACUCUGCAGCAUUGAGUAGAGGCAGCAGUUCUUCAACAUGCCUCAGGAUGGGAAGAGUCUGGGAAUGGCCUUUCCCAAGGUACCAAAGGAGGUUGAAGAAGAAGAUGAUGCAGACUGGAGCAUGGGCGACCCCUUUGAGACCUUGGAGAAACUCCAAGGUCUCUCCGAUGGGGAGAAGGGGGAAAAGGCUAUGCUCCGCUCACGGCUCCAUGAGCAGUCCCAGCUGAUUUGCAUCCUCAAGAAGCGAGCAGACGAGCAGCUCUUGCGCUGCAAGGCCCUGGAGGAGAUCAACAUGGACCUGGAGGAACGGAGGAUGGCGGAUGCUCUGCAGCUGGAGAACCAGGCGCGUCGCGUGCAGCAGCUGGAAGAGCGCUUCAUGGAUCUGGCUGCCAACCAUGAGGAUAUGAUCCAUUUCAAGGACGAGCACAAGAGGCAGAACAUGCAGCUGAGGGAAGAGAACCACCGCUUGCGCGUGGAGAACCAGAACCUCUUCUGCCAGGCUUUGGAAGAGAAAGAGGCCCAGGUGGCCCAGCUCACUUCUGAGCUUGAGAAACUCUUGGGUGAAACGGAGUCCUUAAAGGAACGUUACGAACAGGACAGCCGCCACGCCAAAGAGCGAGAGAAGGAACUUUUGGAAGCCCACCAGCAGGAAGCCAAAUCUAAGGCCGAGGAAAUCAAGUCGCUGAGAAGCCGGCUGGGUAUCCUGGAGGAGAAACACAGUCACGUCACGGAGGAACUGCAGCAAGCGGAAGAGAAGCUAAGAGAGGUGGACUGCACCUUGCAAGCCAAGCUGGAGAAGCUGACCAAGGAGAAGGAGGAGCUGCUAAGCCUGGCGAUGGACAGAGGCAAGGUGCUACAGGACAAGCAAAGGGAGAUUGCGGAGCUGGAGAAGAAGGCGGAAGAGAUGGAGAAAGCCAAGCAGGCGGCGGAGCUGCGCUUUGAGGCGGAGGCUGUAGCAGUGGACUGCAACCUCCGGGUGCGAGACCUGCGGAGGCGGCUGGAUGGCGCUCAGCAAGCCUACACUGAGCUCCGGAUGCAUUUUGAGGCGUACAAGAAGCACAGCACAGAGUUGCUUACGAAAGAGAAAGAAUUAAAUACCAAACUCCGACAUUUCAUAGCGUAAGCCUUUGCUGUCAGCUUUGCUGUAGCUUUGCUACAUCCUUUGAGAAAAUAAAAUAAUCUUUUACCAGAUCAUUUUCCCCCCUAUUUUAGAUACCAGUUUUAAGAUAAGUUUUUUUAGAGUAGGAACACAACCAUUCUUAUGUUACUGAGAUUGAGAUAUGUAUUUUUUGAUGUAUUUUUUUCCAGUUGCCAUGGCAAAUGGAAGCAACUAAUAAAUAUAAUAAUUAAUAAAAAUAAUAAUUGCAGUGGCAUCAGUUGGGCUCACUACUGGAUGGAACUGGUAAGGAUCAAGAAGCAAAUGAUUACAGUACAAGCAACAAGUACCUAUAUAAAUAUAAAUUGGUAAUUGAGCUUUUUUUUUUUUUGCUGAGUUGUGUUU